UUAAGUAUUAGUAUGUGCAUUGCGUCGACGAUGGCGGAAUUUCAACUUAUUUUUGUUUGUUUAUAAUAAAUAAAUAGUUAUAUGGUGUAGUUUACUUUUAAUGACUGAUUGAGGAGAACGGAAAAUAUUAGUUUCUUCAUAACAUUUUUUGUUUUGAUUUUGAAUUGAGUAAUUGUUUUUAUUUGCCGCUUAAAUAAAACAAAAUAAAUUAAUAUCUUUCGUGAUUUGAUCAUUAAAUAAGUGUUCCCUUCUCACAAAAUUCAAUACAUAUUAUAGUACCCAUAAUAAAAAAGUGCUAUACAUUUUCAAAAUGCCGAAAAUAACUCGGCCGCAUCAAUAUUCAAACAGACGUCUACGGAACAAGAACCAAACGAAAACUGAAACGGUUGAUGUACCAGAAACCAUCAACACACCUGAUACUAUCAAUCUUCCCGAAUCCAUCACUUUACCACCUACUGAAGCCACACCUUCUGAAAGUCCAACGGAAAAUCAAGAAAAAGAAGAAUCCGCUGAAAAUGAAGCUCAGGGAAAAGAUGUUUUACCAAAAAAUGGUCUUACCAGCUAUCAAAAUUGUGUCGAAGUAUUGAAACCACUAAAGGACCACAUCAAUCGAAUUGGAAAUAAACAAGCUUUGUUGCGAUUGCGUGAAGUUGAAAAAGUUAUUAAAUAUGCUAUUAAAAAUGAAAAAAGAGCAAGGAAAAGCUUACAAAAUACGAGCGUGACAAAUUAAAUUAAUAUCUAAUAAUUUGUAUGUAAUUUUUUACUAAACAUUAUUUUUGGAAAUAUG